AUGGCUCCUCCGAUCGCCAAUGUCCCGACGCUCGAGACGGCGCGAGAGGUUAUCUCGCAGUCGAGGAACUCUCCAUUCGCCCCGAACCUGCUGCCGGUGACAGCUUCAAUCCCUGCCGAUCUCCUGACGCCGACAUUAGCGUACUUGAAGAUUGCCGAGAGUUCGCGCAUGUCAUUUUUAUACGAGAGUGCAGCAACUACCGAGACUAUUGGACGGUACAGCUUCGUUGGCGCUGACCCUAAAAAAGUUAUCAAGACCGGCCCUGGCCAUGGCCCCGCCGCUGACCCUCUCCCCAUCCUCGAGGCCGAGCUUUCACAGUCCCGUGUCGCCUCUGUGCCCGGUCUUAUCCUUCCGCCACUCACCGGUGGAGCUAUCGGCUAUGUAGGCUAUGACUGCGUCCGAUACUUCGAGCCGAAGACAGCCCGGGAGAUGAAGGAUGUGCUCGGCGUGCCAGAGUCCUUGUUCAUGCUAUUCGACACCAUUGUUGCUUUCGACCAUUUCUUCCAGACCGUCAAGGUCAUCACCUACGUGCCGAUCCCUGCCAAUGACGCUGAUAUCGAGACUGAGUACCGCAAGGGCCAGGAGGUCCUCCAGAAAACCAUCGACACGUUGCUUCAGGACCGCACACCUUUGCCCCCACAAGGGCCCAUCAUCCAGAACCAGGAGUACACCUCCAACAUCGGCCAGGAGGGCUACGAAGGUCAUGUCAACCGGCUGAAGGAGCACAUCAAGAAGGGCGAUAUCUUCCAGACUGUGCCCUCCCAGCGACUCUCCCGGCCAACCUCUCUCCACCCCUUCAACCUCUUCCGCCACCUCCGCACCGUUAAUCCCUCCCCAUACCUUUUCUACAUUGACUGCCAAGACUUCCAGCUCGUCGGCGCCAGCCCCGAGCUCCUCGUCAAGGAAGAUCGCGGCCGCAUUAUCACCCACCCCAUCGCCGGCACUGUCAAGCGCGGCAAGACCCCUGAGGAAGACACUGCGCUGGCCAACGAGCUGCGCAGCAGCCUCAAGGAUCGUGCCGAGCAUGUUAUGCUGGUUGAUCUGGCCCGUAACGACAUUAAUCGCGUUUGCGACCCGAUGUCUACACAGGUCGACCGGCUGAUGGUGGUCGAGAAGUUCUCGCACGUACAGCACCUGGUGUCGCAAGUAUCAGGCGUGUUGCGGCCCGAAAAGACCCGCUUUGACGCCUUCCGCUCCAUUUUCCCGGCUGGCACGGUGUCCGGUGCGCCCAAGGUGCGCGCUAUGCAGCUCAUCGCCGAGCUGGAGGGUGAGAAGCGCGGCGUCUAUGCCGGCGCCGUUGGCUACUUCGGCUACAAUAGUGCCAACGCGGACGGCUCGGCUGAGAUGCCCGGGGCGAUGGACACAUGCAUUGCGCUGCGGACGAUGAUGGUCAAAGAAGGGGUGGCGUACCUGCAGGCUGGUGGUGGUAUUGUAUUCGACUCGGAUCCGUACGACGAGUAUGUGGAAACGCUGAACAAGCUGGGCGCCAACAUUGCGUGUAUCCGUGGGGCGGAAGCGAAGUACCUGAGCAUGGAGGCGAAUGCUUCUAUCUAA